GCGACGGCUGUAAGUGUUUGAGAUAACACAAAUGUCUAUGACCGGUUGAAAAUUCCGCGCCGAAAUAAGUGUAGCCUUCAACUUAUAAAUGUGGUGCUGUUAUUGGUUAGCUAACGCCAUUGCGGUCAUGUAGAAUUGUGAUCUGUUAUAAUAUAUUAUACAAUUAUGUUUAGAAUACGUUCGCUUAAGUUCUCUUGAUCAGCAAACGGUUUAUUCACUUCCCUUGUUGUCGGACAACAAUCUGUGCAGGUGGUUUGUCCUCGCGCAACAAGAGAAUGGCAUUCAGAGAUACCACGACUCUAUGGAAAAUAGCAUUUGGUAUACAGAUCAUUGGUGAGUCUAUCUUAAACUACCGUAUUUAUUGGGGUAUAAUACGCACUUUUUAUCCCUGAAAAUAGGGGGCAAAUGAUGUGUGCGUGUUAUACGCCGAUAUAAUGUCUAGGGUUUUUUUCCUGAAAUGUCCUUCUUAAGUUGAGGUGCGUGUUAUACGCCGAUAUAAUGUCUAGGGUUUUUUCCCUGAAAUGUCCUUCUUAAGUUGAGGUGCGUGUUAUACGCCGAUAUAAUGUCUAGGGUUUUUUCCCUGAAAUGUCCUUCUUAAGUUGAGGUGCGUGUUAUACGCCGAUAUAAUGUCUAGGUUUUUUUCCCUGAAAUGUCCUUCUUAAGUUGAGGUGCGUGUUAUACGCCGAUAUAAUGUCUAGGUUUUUUUCCCUGAAAUGUCCUUCUUAAGUUGAGGUGCGUGUUAUACGCCGAUAUAAUGUCUAGGGUUUUUUCCCUGAAAUGUCCUUCUUAAGUUGAGGUGCGUGUUAUACACCAAUAAAUACGGUAAUUGUUUUCUCUUUUUUUUUUUUUUUAACCAGUCAUUACUCGAUAUAUCUAAUUCGCCAGCAACGGUUCAAACACCACCACCACGCAGGCUAUAUAUAGAUAUGCCAGAGUGUGGUUAAAUAAUGAGUUCACUAGCGCGCAAAAUAUCAUUCCCGAUAACUACGCUAAAUGAUAUAUAUUUUUUUUAAUAACGCAAUUGCGUUUGGUGCGUAAUAUUUUCUUGUCGGAUAUGAAAUCGUUUCAAUUAAAGUAUUGUGUAAAAAAAAUAUUCGGUUUAAAAGUGGUUUGGACAUGAGAAUAUUAAUAUAGUUCAUGGGCGUGAAAUAAAAAGUGUGCAGUGGCGUAUCAUGGGAGGAAGAGGUGUAGCAAAUGUUGGAUUCUUAAAUGUGCGUUACUUGAGUUCAUGUUUUGUCAAGGAACUUUACUAGAUGGUAAGUUCACGCCGCCAAUGUUUGGUGGGCUCUAUCUAGUAUGUUUUAGUUCAGGUGUAUAGUUAAAUACAUAUAAGGUUUCUGAAACCUGCACACAGCAAAUAUGCACACAAAAAAAAAAAAAAAAAAAAAAAAAAAAAAAAAAAUAAAAAAUUGUUAAAUCGCGAGUAGAUCUUGUCCUUCCGGUUGUCUUUUCGAAAUAUAUAUAUAUAUAUUUAUUUUUUUUUUUGCUUUCUUUGUCGUGUGCAUCAAAUGCGCACAAAAGAACAGAUUCGUUACCUGAAUUGACAACUUACACAUCAUGCCAAAAAAAAGGCAAACGAAAGUACUGAAGAGAGAGAGAGGGCAGAUGAAAGUACUGAAGAGAGAGAGGGCAGAUGAAAGUACUGAAGAGAGAGAGGGCAGAUGAAAGUACUGAAGAGAGAGAGGGCAGAUGAAAGUAGUGAAGAGAGAGAGAGGGGAGAUGAAAGUACUGAAGAGAGAGAGGGCAGAUGAAAGUACUGAAGAGAGAGAGAGAGGGCAGAUGAAAGUACUGAAGAGAGAGAGGGCAGAUGAAAGUACUGAAGAGAGAGAGGGCAGAUGAAAGUACUGAAGAGAGAGAGGGCAGAUGAAAGUACUGAAAAGAGAGAGAGGGCAGAUGAAAAUACUGAAGAGAGAGAGGGCAAAUGAAAGUACUGAAGAGAGAGAGGGCAGAUGAAAGUACUGAAGAGAGAGAGAGGGAAGAUGAAAGUACUGAAGAGAGAGAGAGGGCAAUUGAAAGUACUGAAGAGAGAGGGGGCAGAUGAAAGUACUGAAGAGAGAGAGGGCAGAUGAAAGUAAUGAAGAGAGAGAUGGCAGAUGAAAGUACUGAAGAGAGAGAGAGGGCAGAUGAAAGUACUGAAGAGAGAGAGGGCAGAUGAAAGUACUGAAGAGAGAGAGGGCAGAUUAAAACGUGAUGAUGAAAUAAAGAGGCGGGUUCGUGCCAAUGACACGCCCAAACAAAGGCCCUUAAGAUUGCAAGACCAGAUUGUAGCACCUCUUCCCGUGUUUCGCGCACCACAGCUUCUCGGUUUAAUAAUACAGCUCAUUUAACUAAAGUUUACAGGUCCUGGCCUAGAGCAAUAAUUCAUGGACAUCUGUGACUUGCCGCAGGCAGAGGCGUCAUUUUGGGUAAAGCAGAGUGGGGCAUUCCCCCCCUCCCCCCUUAAUUUUGAAGUUUUAUUUUAAAUAGCUAUGUAUUUUGGCACCUCCAGUAAUGAACAACUUAAUAAGCCGACCAAGUUUUGGUUCCUCCCCCAACCACCACGCCCUGAAGAAAACUGAAAUGACGCCCCCGGUAAAAGGUUUUUCCCGGAAAGCCUUUUGUAUACUAAAAUACUCGGGUCGACCGGGAUCACGGAUCCCGGAGAGAUAAACUCGAUGCGACACGUUUUCCUCGUCUGCGAUGUCGUAAAGGAAAAUGUGAAUGUAAAGCAUUACAAGAAAAAAAUUGAAUUGUUAAUUUUGCAGUAGAAUCCUUGAGCAAGUGGUAAGGGAAAACUCUGAAUAGAGGCGAAACAAAAGAACGGACUUGUCCGGGCGAAAGCCUUCGACAGCAGCAACUACAAACAACAGCAACAAGGAACAGAAGGCAUAGAACAAGAGAGAUAAAUAACUUUAUCUCAGGCAUUAAGUUUAAGCUGGACAGGACAUACGGUUUGGUUACGGAAGCGUAGGCUUCUCAAGAAGAUCGUUGUUAUUUUGUAUGGAAAGACUUCCCGGUUUAAAACUGCUUCAUCAUUGAAUAGACACACUGUUCAAAAUUUACCUUAACAGUUGCUCCGCUGAUAUGAUAUGUGUAGCAUUGUAACGUUAAGAUAUGUAGCAAAUUUUUUAACUAAAUUUCCCUAGAGCCCCUUAAAGUUUUCAAUUACUUCAUGUGUUAAUUUUUUUUAAAAAAUUCUAGUCAGAUAUUCGGCAAAUACAUGUAAUACACAUUGGAUGUCUAAUUUCCUAACUAGGGCAUGUGCUGCAGAGUACACGCCCAAUGUCCUUUCUAGGGCAUGUAAUGCAGAAUACAUGCCAAAUGUCCUGUCUAUGGCAUGUAGUACAGAGUACAUGCCUACUGUUCUAUCUAUGGCAUGUAAUGCAAAGUGCAUGUCUAAUGUCCUAUCUAGGGCAUGCCAUUUAGAUUGCAUGUUUAAUGUCCUCUCUCCUAUGGGAGAUGCAUUGUAUUUUUCUGUGUAUUACAUUUUGUUUCGUUUGCAUUCUAUUCACUGUUGUGAUGGCCUACUUCAUAAGCGCCAGGGAUGUGUACCAAUUAAAACUGAGUUGACUGGUCGGCCGGCACCUGACAUCGAGCUUCCCCGAGUAAUUACCUAAUCUAAACAGUGAGAUUAUUCUAAACGAGGCGCAAAUUUCUAAUCUCAAACAGAGGCUCUCAAAGUGAUGACGGCAGCCACGCAUCUUUCUUAAUACCCGGAGAGGUACGCUACUUUAACAUGGGAAUGAAAUAAGAUUAUCUUGGUGGGCAGAUGUUAUAUUGAUUUAAGAAUGAAAAUUAAAAAUGCACAUUGAUAAAGAUAGUUAUAACAACAACAAAACAAAAAAAAACAACAAAAAAAAAAAAAAGAAAGAAAAAAUAAACAGGAAACGAUGUGGAUAAAUAUGUAACUCAAAAAAAAAGAAAAUUAAAAAAGCAAAAUGAUAAAAAAAGUUAAAACAACAAAAAAAAAAAAAAAAACAACAAAAAAAAAAAAAAGAAAGAAAAAAUAAACAGGUAACGAUGUGGUUAAAUAUGUAACUCAAGCAUGAUCCUUCCUCGCGAAGCCAAGUCGACAGCUUUAGACCAGUUGGUCAAUGAUAACAAUAAUGGUAAAUUCAUGGAAAGCAAUGGAAAGGUAGACCAUCUAAAAAUGACUUAUUUUGAGCGUGUUAUGUUCAAGGUUUAAUGGCAAGACAAGAUAAUAGAACUUCCUUUUCGGCCGACUGCCUCCUCCCCCGAACGCAGCAUUACAAUAGAAACAAAAUUAGACCGAAAAAUCGUCACUUAGCAGUUGAAGUUAACCCACAAGUAACUUAGAGAGGAUGCAUCCUGUUUAUAAGCCUGACAAACAUUGAGACUCGACAAAUGACGAACAAUUCUAAGAAUCUUAGCAACGAGGUUAAUUUAAAACCCUACAUUUCAAAAUGUAAUAAAAAUGGCGAGAAAUUUGAGCAAACUAAAAGAAUUUUUUUUUUUUAAACUGACUAAUACCGUAUGGCGAUUUGAUGCCAACAUUUGAUCUUACUCUCAUUCCACACUCCCACCAUCGUAUAAUCUCGGAUACAUAUUGCUAGGAAUUCGUUAACAUAAUUUUUAGAAAGAAAAAAAAUGCAUUAGACAUUAUGUAUGUGAUAAUACAGAAGUGAGUGGGUUUUUUUAGACAUUAUGUAUGUGAUAAUACAGAAGUGAGUGGUUUUUUUUAGACAUUAUGUAUGUGAUAAUACAGAAGUGAGUGGGUUUUUUAGACAUUAUGUAUGUGAUAAUACAGAAGUGAGUGGGUUUUUUAGACAUUAUGUAUGUGAUAAUACAGAAGUGAGUGGGCUUUUUAGACAUUAUGUAUGUGAUAAUACAGAAGUGAGUGGGUUUUUUAGACAUUAUGUAUGUGAUAAUACUGAACCAUAUGGGUUUAAGUAUGAAUUAUGUAUUUGAAAAUACAGAACGGAAUGGUUUUUUGCUAUUAGAAACACUACCAGUCUCCUAGGGGAAAAAAGGCAUUCAACAUUUCUUCAAGUGUAACUUCGUAACCGAUUAUGGUAAAAAGUUCAACUUAAAAAACAAAAUUAAAUAAGAAAUGUUGUCUAGAUGCUGACAGUUCACACAAAAAUUAAACCACUGUAAGUGCGGUUGGGGACAUGUCACCAUGUAGUCCAUCAACCAUGACCGUGUCGAGAGUAUAUCUGUGAUUUAUACCAGUUUUCAACAAAAACAACAACAACAAAAGGAUCAACCGUCUGUUCACGCCUUGAUUUAGACUGCAAUGAAUAACGUACACCAUCGGUACAACCAUGUGGUGUAACUGCACCAUUUGGUAUGACUGUGAAGUGUCAUUACAACAUUGGUAAGUCUGUUUGGUGCCAUCACACCAUUGGUAUGACUCUCAAGCGUCAUCACACCAUUGGUAUGACUCUCAAGCGUCAUCACACCAUUGGUAUGACCUUGAAGUGGCAUCACACGAUUGGUAAAACUGUGAAGUGUCAUUGCACCAUUGGUGUGACUGUCAAGUGUCAUCGUAUCAUUCGCAUGACAGUGAAGUGUCAUCACAACAUUGAUAUGACAGUGGAAGUGUCAUUACACUAUUGGUAUGACAGUGAAGUGUCAUUACACCUUUGGUAUUACAGUGAAGAGUAAUUACAGAUUUGGAUUGACUGUGAAGUGUCAUUACGCCACUGGUAAGACGGUAACGUGUCAUUAGCACAAUUGGUAAAACUGUGUUGUGGCAUUACACCAUUGGUAAGACUGUGUGGUGUCAUCACACCAUUGGCAAGACUGUGUGGUGUAAUAACACCAUUGGCAAGACUGUGUUGUGUCAUCACACUAUUGGCAAGACUGUGUUGUGUCAUAACACCAUUGUUAAGACUGUGUGAUGUCAUCACACCCUUGGCAAAACUAUGUUGUGUCAUAACACCAUUACUAAGACUGUGUUGUGUCAUCACACCAUUGGCAAGACUGUGGGUGUCAUCACACCAUUGGUAAGACUGUGUGGUGUCAUCACACCAUUGAUAAGAUUUAGUUAUGUCAUCACACCAUUGGGAUGACUGUGUGGUGUCAUUACACCAUUGGUAUGACUGUGUUGUGUCAUCACACCUUCGGCAAGACUGUGUGGUGUCAUCACACCAUUGGCAAGACUGUGUUGUGUAAUUACACCAUUGGUAAGACUGUGUGGUGUCAUUACACCAUUGGUAUGACUGUGUGGUGUCAUUACACCAUUGGUAUCACUCUGCGGUGUUGUCACUACAUUGCCGUCUGCAGUUUCGGGUACACCCUCACUGAUAUUCGAUAUCUGAGGUGAGAUUAUGUAACUUCUUUAAAAUGUGCCCCCUCCCCCUCCUUGUUAGUCACCCUAUAUUUAGAAAAAAAAAUUGUGCUUUGUAGAGAAUCGUAAGAAAAUGUAUUAAAUAUAUACUUAUAAUUGACAUCUUUAUGUUGACUUUAUCGGGGCUUGAUAUAGGGACAGAAUAUGUUAGAAUCUUUACUUAGUGGAUGCUAUUUGUCCAUACCGGGUAUAACAUUAAUAACAAAGCACACAUCCGAUUACCAGUUCCUGGGUUGAGGGCUUUAUGCGGCGGGAAGCUCAGCUUGUCACGACACUUUCCCAUUGCAAGUCAAGAGAUUACAUCACUUGAUCUUAAUAGGUUACAUCACUUGACCUCAACUGAUUGCAUCACUUGAUCUCCAGGGGCCUCAAGUCGUAACCCGAAAUGGGGUCACAAAGGUCUCCCUGGGUAUUCGUUAAAACACAACACCAAAAAAAGUAAUUACAAAAAUAUCAUUGUUAAUCGAUAUUUUAUUGAUUUAAUAAGUUCUUAGCAAUCCUACAGAAAGAUAUUUUGUUGAUGUGUUUUCUCUCUUCAAAUUAUUAUAAUUAUUAUUAUUAUUUUGUUUAUUUUGCUGGCUUCCGUCCUUCACAACGUGACAAUGGUGAAGACUUCGCAGGACGAAAUCCACAUGACAUGGCAUAUGAUGAUUCUUCUAGGAUUAUAAGUAGGUUCCCAAAUCGCCUCUCUCCACGCCGCUGGGUAACCCUUGAGAACAUCAUGUGGAUGAUACAGCUUGGCACCAGCGACGUCGCAGGAGUUGUCGGAGUGUUACAUUGUGUCAAUGUUAUCCGCCUACGGGACUCCAUCUUCGGGUUUGAAUUCAGAGUUUCCUUCUCUUAGAUGAGUUUCGCUCCAAGGUUAACAUGUACCACACACCCGGGAAUUCCAAUUAUUUUUUUUUUAAAUGUAUCGCGUCUCGGGUCCCUUUGCGUCGGUAAAAUAUGGUUUCGACUCAAAAAGUUUGAGAACCUGUGAUUUAUAGUCUUUAUUUUUUUUAUUUGAGCACAUGUAUAUGAUAUCUUUACAUUUCGAAUGUGUUUUUAAUUCAACAAGCAUCUGUGAUGCACGGACUGGUUUGAUUUAAUUUCUAAUUACGUCCUUUUUGCUGCUAAUAUUUUGUUGGCCAAAUUAUUGAAUUAUACCAUUUAGAGCAGCGGUUCUCAACCUGUGGGUCGCGACCCCUUUAGGGUUCGCAGAACCCUUUCCUAGGGGUCACAUAAGACCAUCUGAAAACACCUAUACUUACAGCUAUGAAGAAAAACGAAAAUAAUUGUGUGGCUGGGGGUCGCCACGACAUGAGAAACUGUAUUAAAGGGUCGCGGAAUUAGGAGGGUUGAGAACCACUGAUUUAGAGUUUAGAGAGUCUGAUUGAUUUAAAAAUGUAUUUAUUUAUUUAUUUUUUUUUAUUUAUUUUUUUUUUGCAGGCUUCAUUCUUGGUUUAAUUGCUUUUAGUACUAACUACUUGAUAUCGAUGACCGAACUCAGAAAUGAGAUUCACGCUGGUCUCUGGAAAAGUUGCGUAAACGAUGAAUGUUGGAGCACUAAGGAUUUUCUUGCCAGCAUCAACAAAAGCAUUGGUAGGUGGUACUAUCUACAGUCUCUUAUAACAACGACAUGUGCUCAAGGCGAUCAAUUGUGGCUCACCUAAGUUAGUUUAUCCGCUAACUGAUAGAGAAUUGUGUGUGAAUUAUAUGAAAUACUUAUCUUGUUCAACUAUUUAUUUAACUGGUAGAGACAGGUCUUUUUUAGAGGCGUUCUUUUGAAUUCCUUAGCGAUGGCCAUACUUCAAAUAUUGAUUCAAAUCUCUGCUAAUGACGUAUCAUUGGUUUAGGCAUAUUUAUUGCAUUAAUUAAACUGCAAAAUUUAAAGAUUACCAUAGAUGCCUUUUUUUUCGACCUUCAAAUUCCGUUCCUUGGGAAAUGUUUCUAUCUUUGAGGUUUGGCAACAAGUCGAAUCGCGGUUAAGGACUCUUUAACAUUUGUUUUUUCAAUGUCUACCUUAUUAGCGACAAGCAAUGCCAUUUCUAUGCCUGCAAGCAAUGCCACCAUUAUACCUGCAAGCAAUGCCACCACUAUGCCAGCAAGCAAUGCCACCACUAUGCCUGCAAGCAAUGCCAUCACUAUACCUGCAAGCAAUGCCACCACUGUGCCUGCAGCUUCAAAAAGAAAUUUACACAACAAAGUAAAGAUAUGGUUGUGCCCAUUCCGGCCAAUCUGUCCUUAUUCCGGCCAAUCUGUGCCCAUUCCGGUAAAUCUGUGCCCAUUCCGGCCAAUCUGUGCCCAUUCCGGCCAAACUAGGCCAAUUCAAUUCCGGUUAAUCUGAUUUCUAAAAUUUUACUUUAGAAAAAAAAUUAAACAAAACCUUUAAACAUUCUGAUCCCCCCCCCCCAAACCACAUUCAUUAAGAGCACCGGAAAGUCAGGUGUUAAUUUUAUUAUUAUCGCAUGUCUGGAAUAACAACACAUUAUUAUGUCCGUUCAGUUUGGCUGGAUGCCAGCAUCUGGAUGAUGAGUAUCUCAGUCUGCGCCAUGUUCGUCACGAUCAUUAUGACAUCAUUGGCAUUCGCCAGGCAGCGUACUAAACUCAUGGGAUUCUGCACUGCUGGUGUGGCCGGGUUAGCAGGUAAGACGUUAAAUAUCCCGAAGCGAUGCGUUAAAUAAGUUUUAUGAAAUUACAACGGGCCUUAAUAAGACACUUUUCCCGAAAUCUUCAUGGACUGACUAGAAUAACUUUUAAGAACUGCUGAUGAUAUAAAGCAUGGACAUUUGGAUUGCAUUUUCAACACACACACACAAAGAAUUAAAUGUGCCGAAUACAUUGAGAAAUUAGAACGGUAUUCAAAUUAUGGAAACAGACAUCAGCCUCGGUUCUUUUGACCUCAGUUGUCCUGUUUACUUGACUUCAGUUCUCCUGGUCACUUGACUUCAAGUCCAUGGAUGAUUUGGUUCAGAAUAAAUUUAAAAAAUUUGAGAAGGAGAAGAAAAAAAUAAUGGGAGAACAAGGGGGGGGGGGGCGCAAUUUUUUAAUACCGAUACAAAAGUUUUUUUAAAAAUAAUUUAUAGUUUAUUGACUAAAUUUUACAAAACGUAAUACUAUACACAUCUCUGAAAAUGUGAGUUUCAUCUCUUCUUUGUACUCUAUUUGCAGUGCUAUUUGGUGUCAUAGGUGUCGCUGUUGCUGGCGGUGAGAGCAAACGUGUUUUCAAUAGCUUACACGAAAACGCUGCCUUGAAAUUGGACUGGUCCUUCACCUUGUUCAUGAUUGUCCAGCUCGUGUUCUUCGUUGCUGGUGGUCUUCAUGCCCUUGACUCAAGGUCAAACACACAGUAAAAGACCUGUUGUUUCCCUCCCCUUCUGAUCUAGAGACUCUGUCGAUUUCAUCUUUAAUGGAUUUCUUGCUGGUUAUGGAAUUGAUGCUUAGGAAAAUUUAUUUUUUUCAAAAAAAAAAAAAAGUUUCUCUACUUCAUUAUGAUGUAAAAAAUCGAGAUGACCGUUAAGUCUAUUCAUUGACAUGUCUUUUAGGUUUAUUCACGAGAGUAAGGUCUAUUCAUCGAGAUGUCAGUAAAGUCUGUUCAUUAUGAUGUCUGUAAAGCCUAUUCAUUGAGAUGUCAUCUAAGUCUAUUCAUCAACAUGUCAGUAAAGUAUAUGCAUUGAGAUGUCAUUUAAGUUUAUUCAAGAUAGCAAAGUUUAUUCACUUAGAUGACAUUGAAGUCUAUUCAUUGAAAUUUCAGUAAAAUCUAUUCAUCAAGAUGUCUGUAAAGUCUAUUCAUUGAGAUGCCAAUUAAGUCUAUUCCUCUCUAAAUUUUAUUGUGCUGCUGAAUAUUAAUGGUAUCCUUAAGACAAUCAUCCUUACUAAUUUCUGAUGUAUUUAUCUUUAUGUCUAAAUUACCUGUAUUUUACUAUUCAUGUGUUAACACCUUUUUUUCUCAUGAGAGAGAGAGAGAGAGAGAGAGAGAAGUACAUAUGUAAAUUAAUACUGUUGUUUCAUACAGUGGUAUAAGUCCAGUAUAUUGCAAACAUAUGUCCAGUAUAUGGCAAACAUAUGUCAAGUACAUGGUAAACAUAUGUUCAGUGCAUGGCAAACGUAUCUCCAAUGUAUGACAAACAUAUGCCCAGUACAUGGCAAAUAAUAUGUCAAUUAUAUGGCUAACACAUCUCCAGUGCACGGCAAACGUAUGCCCAGUGCAUGGCAAACAUGUGUUCAGUGCAUGGAAAACAUAUGCCAAGUACAUGGCAAGCAUAUAUCCAGAACAUGGCAAACAUACGUCAAGUACUUGACAUGCAUAUGUCCAGUACCUUGCAAAUGAACUUGAAAGUUGAUGACUAAAUCUCAUCUCUUCGUCUGUAUUCCAGUGUGUGCUAGUGAUAUAUAUAUGUAUGAGUAUUUUAACAGUUGUCCAUCAACAAGUCCAUUAUCAAUCAUUUUUAUGUUACUUUUCCAACUAUGACACCGCACUCUGUCUUUCCUCAAGUGGGUGCUACAUGUGAUCUAUUCCUGCAUUCGUCGCCAUGCCACACAAAAAUAAAAGCAAAUAUUUAUUCUACAAAAUAGAACUGAUUGAUUGAAAAACUUAUAAUAUGAAAUUUUGGAAUUCAAAAUUCUAAAAUUCAAAUUUCAAAAAGGCUUAUUUUCGCACACAAGUCGAACAACCGAACACAUCUUAAUGUCAAUACCUGGUCAUAGAGAUAUGGAAAUAAGAUAUUGAACUAUUAUUUAGGAAUACAGAUUUUUUUUUUUUAAUUAUGUGUGGGGGGGUGGAUGAGAAGAAGUGUAAAUAACAACAUAAAUAACUACUCCCCUCCAUUUUAUUUGUUACAAAUAUGUUUUAUUCUUGUAAACAUGAAAUUUACAAACACACCCAAGCAGAAAUUAUGUACAAGCAUUCUUAGACCAUUUGUAACAGCAUGAAGGAAGGUUAGUGUAACAAUGCAUUGAAACAGCGAAUUCCAACCACAAUGUCCCCCAGGGUAGUGUUACCGUACUUUAUGAUGUUUUUAUUUUUAUUUUUUAACUGAAUACAGUUAUUAUUCAAAAGCGGUAUGGGUAGACAUUUUUUUCAAAAUUAUUAGAAAGAAAUAACAGAAACUAAUAUACAAUAAUUUCUCAAACCCAUCAAAUAUUUAUAUUUUUAUCAUUGAGUUGUGUGUUUGAAAACGCUAGUUUAACCAGUUCCAAAUUGUAGCAGUAAGAUAAAACAAACAAAAAAUGUUUUGAAAACGUCGCAAUAAAAAUAUCGCUGGUACAAGUAACUAUGGCAUUAUGUGAACGUUCAUAAGAGUGUGGCGCACGCGUAAAUAACAUACACUCCCUGGCUGAAGAAGUCUCUUUUUAGGAUACUCUCACUCUUCAUUAUGACGCCGUGAGGGGAGUUGCUUCCCUUUGAAUUGAAGUCAACAAAAACUGCACACGUCAUCUUGUCAUUUCCUGACGUCAUAUCUCAACAGACCCACAUUCUUCAUACGUGACAUAGUUUGCUAUUGUUCUACGAAUGAUCCACCUGUCACCACUCCAACAGUUCACAUUGAACCCUUGGCUAAAUUAUUCUUAUUCAAAUCGUCAAGUCUGUAUCUAUUCAAUUUCUUACACUUCUAUCUCUCUGUACCAAGAAAAAAGAACAACAAAAAAAAAAAAUUAUGGCUAGCUUUAUGUUUAGUUGUUAGAAACCAAUCACCAGCUCUACUCAAUGCCAUGACAAAUACAUCGUGUUUACAUCAAAUAAUUAUUUCUUUGUUAAUGUUGCUUUACAGAAUUCAAAGUGUUUCCAUGCACACACACAAAAUUAGCAGUGACAAAAAUACACUUUUUUUAAUGAUGUCCAGGUCACAAUGACACAUGAUAGAGUAAACUAGGAUUAACAAUUUUAAAAUAUAUAAACAUUUAUAUAUAUUUGGUUAGCACUGAGUGAAUAUAGUUUAUUUGUCCCUCUGACCUUCUCCAUAAGACAAUAUGAAAUGCAUAUUGAUAAAUGUAUUUCAAACCACUCCAAAUAAGCUUACAUAACAAACUAAGGUAAACUCAAAGAAGAGAUGCCAUGGCAUUUUUUUCUUUCCCCAUGGCCAUGGGCACCCGCACGUAGUGGCAAGGUGGGGCACUUGCCCCACCCCUGGAUUGAUUGGAUAAAAAAUUGUUAGACAAAAAUUUUAUUAAAGUAAAGAGAAAAUAAAGAGAAAGUAACUAAGCUGAUGUCCUGUCCGUUCGUUCACCAUACAAAUACGCUACAGUCAAUUAAAACUAUAUUAAAACAUUACUAAAAAAUAUUUGCCCCCCCCCCCCCUAGAAAGUUUUCUGCGGGCGCCCAUGCCCAUGGCCGCCAUCUUGGUUGACACAACAGUUAAUUCUGUCACUAAACCAACAAAAAUUUUAUUAAAGUAAAAAGAAAAUAAAGAGAAAGUAACUAAGCUGAUGUCCUGUCCGUUCGUUCACCAUACAAAUACGCUAAAGUCAAUUAAAACUAUAUUAAAACAUUACUAAAAAAUAUUUGCCCCCCCCCCCCUAGAAAGUUUUCUGCGGGCGCCCAUGCCCAUGGCCGCCAUCUUGGUUGACACAACAGUUAAUUCUGUCACUAAACCUAACUAAACGAGCUGAAAUAGAUUUAAGGUGGCAAGUUGGUUCAGUUCUAGUAAAGUGAGACUUCACCAAAUAGGAUGAUCUAAAGAACAUCUCAAGCAAAGGGGAGAUAAUGUUGGUUUGUAAAUAAAUCAGGCUAGUCUUCUUUGUGCAGUGGCUGCUCAUGUGUAUUACCAAAAUGGCAGACAUUUUAAAAUAACUGCAAGAAAAGGGCUAAUUCCCCAUUUUCCUGCCACACAUUUUCACCCAUAGGCACUCCACUGUCCCCCAAAUCAAAGUUAAUGACAGUUUCAUUUUUUUUUAAAAUGACACUUAAAAGUAUGACGUGUCAGUAAAAUAUCAGUUGGGGAGUCCUUAGAUGAUUACUCAUUCACUGUACAUGUUUUACACUCUCAUGCCCUAAAGUUACCCUCUCAUGACCUUCUUACUUUCUCAUCACCUUAUGUUACUCUAUCAUGACCUUACAUAACUCUCUCAUGCCCUUGUUUUACCCUCUGGUGACCUUAUGUGACCCUCUAAUGCUCUUGUAACUCUCUCGUGCCCUAAUCUUACCCUCUCGUGACUUUAUGUUACUCUCUCGUGACUUUAUGUUGCCCUCCCUAGACCUUAUGUUACCCUCUCAUUCCCAUAUUACCCUCUCAUGACUUCAUGUUAACCUCAUGACCUUAUGCUACCCUCUCGUGACCUUAUGUUACACUCUCAACUAAUAAAAGUCAUAUACUUUUUGUCAUCAAACGGGUGAAUAUGUUGUCUGAGCUAUUUAUCAUUUAUGACUAAAGCAACUAAGCUUAGUUUAUCUUAACAAAAGGCCAUAGAUUGCAGUGAGCAAGACGCUAAAGGAAUGUAAUUUUGUUUAUGCUACACAUGUUGAAUAAAUAAAUCCCUGAAGGCAGACAAGUUCCAGUGAUUCAUUGUCUCAAAUCAAGGCUCUGGUAAUCCUUAAAAAUGCCCAUCAUGUAGAACUAGCAAAAGUUAACAAGCCCACCAUCCUACAAGGAUUGAACACCUUGUCUACCCCCUGACAGAAGUAAAUAAAAGCAGACAAACCUUUCCCCACACUUAAACGUGUAGGCAAAGCAAGGAGCUCUCAACAUAGCCAGCCCCAGUUGUCUUAUUUUAAUGUCUGGUCAUCACACAUGACCCGAAGCAAGGCGCCUAUACCAGAUGCUUUUUAUGUUUUGUCUGCAUUUUGUGAGCGGGAUUGGUGAUUGUCAAAGCCUGAUAGGUUUUUUUCAUUCCAUGUGUGUUUGUUAUUUGUGUUGACAGCUCAUGAAAUAGAUAGUAAAAUCUGGUAUAGUUAUUAUAGGAUAAUUAUAAAUGGACUGGAUAUAAUGCUAUUAUAGCGUGAUCAAAUACCAGUGUUCAAAAUUACAAGAGCUAAAGACCAAUGUCCAACACAAUCAUUUUUGCAAAUGAAUAUGUGGUUAAACUUUAAAAGAAAAAAAAAAAUAGUUUUGCAAACCAUUCCAGUUGUUAAAUUUUUAAUUCAUGUUUGGCAUCUGUCCACAAACAAAAAUGUCAAUG